AUAUCGCCCGAACACAACAUGUGCUAGAAUCACAAUGGCGUCUGCGGGGGCACACAAGGAACAGUCUGAUAGCAGUCGAACAUGCAGCAUAUGCAUCGAACAGUUCAAGGCGCCUAAGCUGCUGCCAUGUUUCCAUACAUUCUGUCAGCAUUGUUUAGAACAAUACACGUCGGGAACGGCAAGAAAUGAUGAGUUUUCUUGCCCCGUGUGUCGCUACAAAGUCACUCUUCCGGAUUCAGGAGUAAACGGGUUUCAAACUAAUUUCUACAUCGAGGCUGAUCAGUUGCAGAAGGCCAGCAAGGAUGCAGUUUGCGACGUCUGUUCCAAGACUGCAGUCAACAGGUGUCGCCAGUGUGAGCAGACAUUAUGUGAUGUUUGCACUAGUGUUCACAACUCGCUCAGUAUGACUCGGAAGCACUCGCUCAUUCGUCUAAAAAAGACCUCCAGAGACUACCCGGCGAUUUCUAAGCCCGAGUUCUGUUCUAAGCACAAUGGGGAACGUUUCCGAUUUCACUGUACGAGGUGUGAGCAGGCUAUUUGUCGUGACUGUAAGCUGACGGCACACGAGGGACACAGAACUGUCGAUUUGGAAGAUGUGAUAGAACAGGGACGCAGUGACCUGGCAAAAGUGAAAGUAGAACUAGACGCGUGUAUGACUGCGUUCGAGCGAAAGCUUAAACAAUUAUCAGACAGUAAAGAGAAAUUUUCUAUAACAGCAGGUACGAUCGAACAGAAAAUUAAUACUGCCGCGGACCAGAUGAUUGAAAAGAUAAAUUCUCUCCGCAAAGAGAAGUUAAAAGAAAUUGAAGGAAUAAGGGCAACAGAGUUUUCCUAUUUAGACAGAGCUGAAACGACGACUAUACAGGACAAGCUGUUCCUAGGAAGCCAUAUUGAUCACGUAUCCAGACUGUUGGAAGAUGGUUGCGGUGCAGAUAUCUUGAACACACUUCCAGAAAUGAGACGGAGGUUAAAAGAUAUGAAGGACCCCUCUGACAGCAGUGAUGGAACAAAUGUUGAAAAAAUGAACAAUCCGAUGCUGUUAUCAGUGUCCAGAAGUAAGAGAAUCCUCAAAAGCUCAGAAAUGCUUCAGAUUUUAAUGAAAGUUCCCGUACCCGAAAUCUUAUCACCAAAUUUCGAAUUUCAAUGUCUGGUUGCAAAGGGAACUAUCGACUUCAUAUGCCCUACGGGACACAAUCAGGCAUGGGUCGCCAUUCGCGGCACCGUUGGAAGAUGUUCACUGAUCCUAUUUAAUCAAAGUGGAGCUGCAGUCAAGAGGUUUGAAAUACACCAGGACCGUUAUGAAGCUGCUCGGACAAGGGGGAUCUUAAGUAUGAUGCACGUUCCUAUUGGUGACGAAAAUGUUAAAUCUGAGGAAAUCUCUGCGCUCAUGGGGGAUAUCAAGCUCAAACAGAGCCCUCUGAAGGAUAUGAAGAAUGGUAAUGCAUGUGAAGUAUAUACCAUGAAAGGAACUGUCACUGUGUCAACUUCAAGAGAGAUUGAGUACGAGUUGUCCCCUGUUCCUCUGGUCAGCGCAAAAUCCGUAUUUUCUCCCGUGGAUGUCUGUUGGGGCCCUGGCGGCGAGAUUGUUAUUGCUGACAAGGGAAGCAACUCUCUGUUGGUAUUUAGGGAUAGUGAUUCUAAAUUAAGAUCUUACGAAAUGCCACAAGAAGGGACUUUUAGUCCAUGCGCUGUCGCCUUUGGAGCAGAUGGGAAAUUGUGGAUAGGGACUGUGUCGGGGACAGUGUUUAUUUUGGGCAGACUUGAAGUUUAGAAAGCACAAAUACAUAAUUAUCUCAACUAUUAACUGAAUAGCUACCAAAGCUACUUGGGCAUCACAAUGUUGUGAACCCUGGCUUGCUCUGUUGAACCCUUGCAUAUGUGUUAUCCUGCAGACAGCAUGCAUAGAUGUUAUCCUGCAGACAGCUUGCAUGGAUGUUAUCCUGUAGAAAGUUUGCAUGGGUGUUAUCCUGCAGACAGCUUGCAUGGAUGUUACCUGUUGACAACUUGCAUGGAUGUCACCUGUAGACAGCUUGCAUGGAUGUUGUACUGUAGACAACUUGCAUGGAUGUUAUACUGUAGACAACUUCUAUGGAUGUUUUCCUUGUAGACAGCUUGCAUGGAUGUUAUACUGUAGACAACUUGCAUGGAUGUUAUACUGUAGACAACUUCUAUGGAUGUUUUGCUUGUAGACAGCUUACAUGGAUCUUAUACUGUUGACAACUUUCAUGGAUGUCACCUGUUGACAGCUUGCAUGGAUGUCACCUGUAGACAGCUUGCAUGGAUGUCACCUGUUGACAACAUGCAUGGAUGUUACCUGUAGACAGCUUGCAUGGAUGUCACCUGUAGACAACUUUCAUGGAUGUCACCUGUAGACAGCUUGCAUGGAUGUUACCUGGAGCAGAUGGGAAAUUGUGGAUAGGGACUGUGUCGGGGACAGUGUUUAUUUUGGGCAGACUUGAAGUUUAGAAAGAACAAAUACAUAAUUAUCUCAACUAUUAACUGAAUAGCUACCAAAGCUACUUGGGCAUCACAAUGUUGUGAACCCUGGGUUGCUCUGUUGAACCCUUGCAUAUGUGUUAUCCUGCAGACAGCAUGCAUAGAUGUUAUCCUGCAGACAGCUUGCAUGGAUGUUUUCCUGUAGAAAGUUUGCAUGGAUGUUACCUGUUGACAACAUGCAUGGAUGUCACCUGUAGACAACUUGCAUGGAUGUUACCUGUUGACAACAUGCAUGGAUGUCGCCUGUAGACAACUUGCAUGGAUGUCACCUGAAGACAACUUGCAUGGAUGUUACCUGUAGACAACUUGCAUGGAUGUCACCUGUAGACAGCUUGCAUGGAUGUUACCUGUUGACAACUUGCAUGGAUGUCACCUGUAGACAGCUUGCAUGGAUGUUACCUGUUGACAACUUGCAUGGAUGUCACCUGUAGACAGCUUGCAUAGAUGUUAUACUGUAGACAACUUCUAUGGAUGUUUUCCUUGUAGACAGCUUACAUGGAUCUUAUACUGUAGACAACUUUCAUGUAUGUCACCUGUUGACAACUUGCAUGGAUGUCACCUGUAGACAGCUUGCAUGGAUGUUACCUGUUGACAACAUGCAUGGAUGUCACCUGUAGACAACUUGCAUGGAUGUUACCUGUUGACAACUUGCAUGGAUGUCACCUGUAGACAGCUUGCAUGGAUCUCACCUGUAGACAGCUUGCAUGGAUGUUAUACUGUUGACAACUUGCAUGGAUGUCACCUGUUGACAACUUUCAUGGAUAUCACCUGUUGACAACUUUCAUGGAUGUCACCUUUUGACAACUUUCAUGGAUAUCACCUGUUGACAACUUUCAUGGAUGUCACCUGUUGACAACUUGCAUGGAUGUCACCUGUUGACAACUUGCAUGGAUGUCACCUGUUGACAACUUGCAUGGAUGUCACCUGUUGAGAACUUGCAUGGAUGUCACCUGUUGAUAACUUGCAUGUAAUCCAACAAGUGGAUAAUUUGUGAAACCUAUUCUUGCCUUCCUACACUCAUCAAUCAUGAUCACAAUCGCAUGGUGGUAAAUACUUACGCUACUGAUAUCUCAUCAGCUAUGUUAAUGGUCGCGGAAAUGUUCUCAAAUUGUAUUAUACGUAAAAUAAAAAAAUGAUUAUCAA